CAGUUUAACUGUUGUCGUGUUAACAGUAGUAUACCUUUGUCGGUUACUUUCAAUUUUUCAGCGGUUCUUAAGUGAAAUUAAACUUUUUAAUUAUUGUUAAAUAUUUACUACUCUAUCCUUUAAUCUUAAUUGUGACGUUUAUCUUGUAUUUUACAGUAAAUCUUAAAAUUUUAAAGAUGUCACUAUUACCAUAUUUGUUGGAAGAAUUUUCUCGUCCUACUGUUUAUGAUCAACAUUUUGGUCUUGGACUUUUUGAUGAUGAUAUUAUAGUGCCACGCCAUGCUCUAUAUCGAGUUGUGCCAUCAAUGACCAGUAGGUACCAAAACCCAUGGCGUCUAGUGGCUGCACCCGACAGUGGUCUGUCACGUAUUCAAAAUGACAAAAAUGGGUUCAAGGUGAAUUUGGAUGUUCAACAGUUCAAACCAGAUGAAGUGAAUGUCAAAGUGGUUGAUGAUUAUGUGGUCAUCGAUGGCAAACACGAGGAACGAAGUGACGAACAUGGUUUCAUAUCUCGUCAAUUUACAAGGCGUUACAAAAUUCCAGAAAAUGUUGACCCUAAUGCUAUAACUUCCACAUUGUCUUCUGAUGGUGUUCUCAGCAUUGGUGCACCAAAAAAGACUGUUCAAAAUAACAAGGAGGAAAGAUCAAUUCCAAUAGUUAAUACUAAUCAACCCAGUAUCAAAGUAUCAGAUAAAAAAGAGAAAGAAGGUACUGAAAAAAUGGAAUCAUAAAAAAUGAAUCUUUAGUUUGUAUAUAAGAUAAAAAUUUGUGUAUUACUCCUUUUUUUUUUACUACAAUUAAUUUGUUGUAUAAUAGUACAAUGUUCUAUGUGUAAUAUAAUUAUUUAUAUUUAGAAAUUUUUUCCUAUUAAUUAAAUUCUAUGGUGUUAUCUUGUAAUGUAUGUUAAAUUUAAUAAUGAAAAUUUAAUAAAAGACUGUUUUACACUAAA